AUGGUGCUGAUGCGGAAAACAUGGGCCCCGCGCCCCUCCGUGCGAGGUGUAGCCCCCAGACCAGCGGGUGUCCUCCGUCCUCCGGCCAAUUCCUGGGCUGCGGCCAGUACCGCCACUACCAUCCCCGCGCGUGGUGGCUUGGGUCGCCCCGCACGGCCGGUCCCCCCCGCGGCGCCACGGCCACGGACGCCGGCGCGACCAGCGCAACCGGCUCGACCAGUGCAACCGGCGCGACCAGCGCGACCGGCGCAAUCGGCGCAACCGGCGCAGGCGUCUUGGUCCUCAGCCAUUGGCGCGCGGCAAAGUGUGCGAGCGCCGUCAAGGGCUGGAGCCAGACCUCAGUGGGUUCAGCCCAAGCCGGUUGAGCCGGCGGAAGAAUGGGCAGAGCCAGAGCAAUGGGAUGACUGGGAGAAUUGGGAAGAAGAUUGGGAAGAACCAGCAGAGGCUGAGCAGGCUGAGGAGCCUGGGGGGCCUGAAGAGCUUGAAGAGCCUGAGGAACCUGAGGCUGAGGAAGCCCAGUGGGAUGGGUACGAGGCGCAUGAUCAGAAUGAUGAUGGAGACUGGGCCAACUGGGCCGAAAAUGAUGAUUGGACCAAGAGCGAAGAAACUGAUUGGGAUAAAGAUGGCCACGAGGCUUCGGAUGUGGCCGCUCCGGUCGAAGCAGCGGAUCCGGCAGAGGCCGAAUGGCAAGAGGAGGAGGACAUGAAAACAGAAGUGUUUUACGUCGACGAACUCAUACAGUUGGGUGCUGGUGUGUGCAAUGUGAAUUCCGCCAAGAGCAAGCAGCUGUGGCUCACAGAUCUCCCCAGCGACUCUGAAGUCGACGCGGAAGAGUUGAGUGAAUGGAUGACGAUCUAUGGCGGCCGUCUGGAAGAUUUUGAACGUCUGCCUGGCGAACGUCGAUCCAAGGCGUAUGCCACCUUCGAAAAACACGAAGAAGCGAAGAGCCUACUGGAUGUAGUGAAGCAAAGAAGCGAAGGGGAAUUUGAAAUCCACGGCUACUGGUCCGUUUCUGAACGAAUGGCUCAAGGAUCGGAGGGGUCUUUUAAUGGCAAUGUGAUCGGGUCCUUCUUAAAUCGUUUGCGUGAUCUGCAAAACGAGUUGGAAAACGCCAAGAUCCAACUGGGCGGCGACGCCUACGAGGCCGUGCCAGACGUCCCUGAAGAGGUGCUGAAGCCGUUGCAUGUUGUGGUCCGCAGCAGAUACGCGCGAAACGAAUUGCAACCACACUUGAAGGCUGCCUUAAACAAAGCCCUUCGAGACCCCAUCGCUCCCCGCACCAAAGCCAAGCCCGGCCGGCGCCCGCCGAGCGCGCCGUCCACGAAGAAACCGCAAGCCGCAGCAGCCGCAGCAGCCGCCGCCCCGCCUUCUCGCAGCCCGAGCGCUCCAGGUCCAGGUAGGGCAGCCCCAGCCCGAGCAGCCCCAGCAGCCCCAGCAGCCCCCCGAGCCCGCCCAGCGCGGGCAGCAGCGCGGGCAGCGGUGAAGCAGGAACCGGUUGAGCCGGAGGCCGCCACGGGACCGGUGGCGCAGGUGGCACCGGUGCCCGAAGCGCCGCCGGAACCACCGGUGGAGGAGCCCUUGUCGCCCUGCCUGCGGUUGGAAGGCUUUCCCGAGAGUUGGACCGUGGACUCGCUGAAGACCUUGUUCAUCCCCUUCGGAGGUCUCCUCAAAUGGCAGUUUGACCGGGAAGCUUCGCAGAAAGAAACGGCGUUAAACGGAGCGCCGCAGGACGAUGCAAAACGCAUUGCACGGGUGCAACUGAAGAAACCGGCCAACAUGUCAAAAGCCGUGGGAGCACUUCACGAGAUGGAGGCGGGCGAUGGCGACAUCGUGGAGGUUUGCCUUUCGCAGACCAUUUUUGUGGAUCAGUUGGAUCUGAUGUUUCGCUGUGACGCGGCAGAGAACGACUGCGAGGUCUUCAUGAAGAACUUGACCCAGGAAUGCAGCCGAGAGGAAGCUGGCAGCACUUGGGUUGGCUUUAGCCAAACCACAGGCAAUGCCAACAGCCAGUGCACCAGCAGCACCUCUGCCUCCACCAAGGAGGCCAGUGCACCCAGUCGACAUGUGAAUCUUGUGGGUGUGCCUUCAGCGGUUGCCUUUGAGGAUCUUGGGUGUGGCAAAGGUCGUGGCCAGGCCUACGUGCGCUACUCACGACACGAUGAGGCCGCCAAAUGCUUAGCGGCCAAUCCCUUCACCGAGGAUCUCUCGGUAGCAGCACAUUGGUCGCAAAGCGAACGAAUUCUGCAAGGCGCAAAGAGUGUUUACGGCAUUGAUCUCUUGAAACAGAUGGACGCCAUCAUGGAGGAGGUGAAGGGGAAGACCCACAUCACCAAGCUCCAACUUCUCUCAGAGCAACAUGCGCCUGGGAAGACGACGCCCAGACAACUCCACUUCAAGGCCGAAUGCACCGAGGAAGUCCUUCCGCAGCUGAAGCGCUGCCUCACCGAGGCUUUGAAGCUGCGGUUCAAGGAAGCCAAAGACGCCAAAGAGGCAGAAGCCAAGGCAGCUGCUGAAGCCAAGGCAGCUGCUGAAGCCAAGGCAGCUGCUGAAGCCAAGGCAGCUGCCGAAGCCAAGAGAGCUGCUGAAGCCAAGGCAGCUGCCGAAGCCAAGAGAGCUGCUGAAGCCAAGAGAGUUGCCGAAGCCAAGGCCAAAGCGGAGAACGACGGCCCGGCGGCGCCGCCCGGCAACUGGUCCGUGCCGCAAACGCAAACCGUGGCGUCGGCGUGGGCGACCAGCGGCGGCAGCGCCAAUGGAACCACCGCAGCGCCAGAGAACGGAUCGCUGGCAUCGAAGAUCGAGGAGGCCGAGAGAUUAAGAUUGCAAGCGAUGGAGGCAGAUGCUGCGCUGGACCAUGCGAGCUAUCGACAUGCCUUGGACCAGGGCAUAGCCUUGGUGAAGCAAAUUGUGAUGCGAGAAAAGACCGACCGUACGGAGAGGCUGAUGAACAACUACUUGCAGCUGGGCGAGGGCUUGCCGAAUCUCAAAGCGAAAUCUCAAGACUUAGCGAAGGCUGAACAGCUGGAGCACGAUGGGGAAGAAUCUCUGAAGAGCGGCCAGAAGCAAAGAGCACUGGAGCAGUUCACAGAAUCGGUGACAAUGUUCACCACCCUGGCCGAAUUCUUGAAGAAGAAGCACGGAGAGGACAAGCCCAAGUGGAAGCAAACCCGUGAGAAAUUGAAUCGGCUUGCGACGGUCAUCGAGAAGCUCCAGAAGGAGAUUGAUGACAAGGCGGCAGGUUCCCCUCCGGAGAAGAAACGGCCGCGCCCGGUAUCGAACAGCGAUAUACGGGAGUCCACUACGAGCCCAUCGUCGCCAAAGCACCGAAAAUCUGGCGUCCGCCGCAAGAGCCGCGACCGCAGCCCACGCCGCAGCCGUGCGCAGCGGCGCUCGACCUCGCCGGCCACGCGACCGAAGGGCGCUGCGCCAAAGCCGCCGCCCAAGCCACCGGCGAAACCACCGGAGCCGCCCGGGCCGCCGCCCGCAGCGCCUGCGGCGCCUGCGGCCGCGGCCGCACCUGCCGCGCCCCCGCCGAAACCGGCCGCUGCAGCGCCAGCGGCAGCAGCGCCGCCGCCCAAGGCGCCCAACACCGCCCCGGCAUCGCCACCACCCAAAGCCGCAGCAGCACCGAUUCGGUGGAGAGACAGUCUGAGGCCAAAGGCAGAAGUCAGACGGCCAAAUCAUUUGGAGUGAUGGUGGG